UCGUCAUGUAUUGAUUUUCCGGCCACUGUAGACCCUCCACGAAAAAGCAAUCAAUAGUGUCGAAUUUUGCUGGAAAAUUCUUAUUACGCACAUUUCCCGUGAUUAAUUAGAUUGUUAUUAUAACAGUAGUUCUUUUGAAGUAUUUAAUAAUGUCGCUGCUUAUUAUGGAGCAAUAAAAUGUAUUAGCUGACCACUCGGCCAUCGCCUUUGACCUUCAAGUGAAUCCUGUGUGCAAUGCAUUUCGAGAAGUGAUCGUGUUUCACGGCAGUGCAUUGUUUUCGCUUCAUAGUUUCUUUGCGGGCUUAUUAUGCGUUCUCUUGCGGCUUCACACGGGGUGGAUCCCUUGCCUGGGUUAGACAUUCCACCUGGAUACCAUCAGGGUGACAACCCGGACGCCGAAAUGGCCGGCGCGCAAGAUACCAUCUACUUGUGCAACUUCCGCGUCUCCGUCGACGGAGAGUGGCUCUGUUUAAAAGAACUCCAUGAUAUGGAGAUGACUGACUCUUACACCCGACCAUCGGAAGCACCUAUCACGUCGCCUGUCGAUCCUAUGCAUGCACUCAUGGCUCGAGACCCUGUGGUGAUCGAGCGCAGCAACCUAGUGAACAUCUCUAAGCUGAUCGUGAAGGAACUGAUCGAGCAGUCGCUGCGCUAUGGCCGGAUGCUCGACAGCGACCACCUGCCCCUGCACCACUUCUUCAUCGUUCUCGAGCAUGUCAUGCGACACGGCCUCAAACCUAAGAAAGGUUUACUGGGACCCAAAAAGGAGCUAUGGGAUAUUCUUCAAAUGGUCGAGAAGUAUUCACCAGAGGCGGCUGACAUCACCGCGAGCAUUAGGGCUUUACCCACUGUCAAAACGGCAAUGGGCCGCGCGCGCGCUUGGCUCCGCCUAGCCUUAAUGCAGAAACGGCUAGCGGACUACCUGAGGAUCCUCCUGGAACACCGCGAGGAAACCCUCGACGAGUACUUCGAACCACACGCCCUCAUGCUGAACGAGGAAGCGGUCAUAAUCACCGGGCUGCUUGUCGGCCUCAAUGUCGUCGACUGCAAUUUGUGUGUCAAGGAGGAAGAUCUAGACAGUCAACAAGGCGUAAUCGACUUCUCGCUUUACUUACGAGGCAGCAACUCCAGCACAGACAUAGCCGGCAAUGGAAACAACUCCAACAACGAGACCAAACAGCGCCAUAUUAACACUAUGCUCGAUCAGAAGAACUAUAUCGAGGAACUUAAUAGACAUCUCAACGCAACGGUAGCUAAUCUCCAAGCCAAGGUCGAAGGCCUAACAACCACUAACGCCCUAAUGAAAGAGGACCUUGCCAUCGCCAAAAAUACUAUGAUACAGCUGGUGGAAGAGAAUAAUCAACUGAAACAUGCAUUGGGCCAGGAUAUAACGAAAGACACUAGGAUGAAAGUGACAGAGUUGCAGUCGGACGAAGAGGAAAAACGUAGCGUCAAAAGCGUAACCUCUGAUAAAUCAAAGAAUGACAAGGAUAGUGAGACUGGGAAAGUACUUGAAGAAGAGAGAAAGAAGAAUCUGGAACUACAAAAAGAACUCGACUUACAGAUAUCUUUAAAAGCAGAAAUGGAAGUAGCUAUGAAACUAUUGGAGAAAGACAUACACGACAAACAGGACACAAUUAUAUCGCUGAGACGACAACUAGACGACAUUAAGCUAAUCAACUUAGAAAUGUACAAAAAAUUGCAGGAAUGCGAGAUGGAACUCACGCAGAAGGGCGAAAUGGUCUCCAGGCUUCAGAGCAAGGCCGAGCAAAUUGGCAAAAUUCUCCACAACCUUGAGAAAUAUAACCACUUCCUAGGACCCGAUCACGAUCUAGUCAAAGCGCUCAGGUCUCCCACCACUAACGAAAAUAACUUAGGCGAGAAAUUAGAAAAACUCAAGGCCCUAAGCGCACAAAAGGGUACAAAGUCCAGGGACGAAGGGCCGCCUAACAAAAAAUUAAAUUUACAAGAAAUACCACCGUUUCGAAAGACCAGUAGUAGUAGUAGUGAUAAAAACACAGAUUAAUAAAUCUAAUUCAAUACCAUCAGUGUAAGUAUUUGUACAAAUGUUCCGAUAAUGUUACGGUGUUAUUUCUUCUGAAAACAUUAUGUAACAUUACUAACAGCAUUAUUAUAAUUACUAAAUUGUUAUAUCAAUGAAGUAUUCUAAUGUUGAGGCUAAUAUAAUGACAUCAAUUACCUAAUGUUAACUAUUUCUCAUACAUUCUAGUACUUAAUCCAAAUAAUAUAGUCACAAUAUUAACCUAUAGUUGAAUAAACAUGUGAAUUGCUGCUUGAAUUGUGUGAAUAAUGUAUAUUUUGUAUAUCAUAGUAUAUUCUAGCACUGACAAAUCUAUGUUGUACAAGUAAGCGUUAUUCAGUUAAAUUUUUAUUGGCCUUGUUUUAGGAAUGUGAAAGUUCCUUGAAACAUAAAACUGAGCUAAUAGCCAAAUUGGAAGCAAAGACUGAAUCAAUGGGCAGCACAAUACAUCAGCUCGAUGAGAAGUAGGUUUAACACUUUUUCCUUUGUCAUCGUCACCCGGCGGGCGCUGCCUGCCAUACAUUCGGAUCGAGAGGAUUAAUCGAUUAGCAUCGCUUGAUAUAUUAGUAUCGAUUCCGCACCUAGGUGUGAGCAGUGCACCGCUUGCGAAUUAAUCAUAAUCAUACGGUGAUUUCCUGUCACUUGAUAUUGGCAAACCCUCACAAUAAACGUAUAGAGAAUCAGUAUUUUGAUAUUUUCUUGUAUAAUUUAGGGAAAUAUUGUUGCGGUGAUAAUGCUACUGUUGCUUUAGCUUUCAUAUUGCUGUGAGCUCCGUUGAGACUUUUAUAUUCUUAUUGUUUCAACUUGUUUUACGUUUAUCAAUCCAAGUUGUUAUUGUAUUCGUUAAUGUUAAGGCUCAGGACGUUACAUAUUACUACCUUAUAUACUAGGUACUCCUUUCUAUCGUCUUAAUUUAGGUAAUAUAUAAAAUGAAUUAGCGCAAGGCAGCUCCAAUAUAUUCAAUUUAGAUUAAAUUAUUUAUAUACUUUUUAGUGAUAUCCAUUGUAAAAGUGACGAAUGUAAUUUGUAAUGUCUGCAAUCUGAUCUCAUUGGUUCCAUUUUAAAUUAUAUAAAACUAUUAAUUUUAUAGAAUUAUUGUGUAAGCUUGUUGAUGAUUUAAUACUCAGUUUGUCUUUGAUUACUUUUUAAUAGUUUUGUAAUUCGGAGGCCGUAGAUGUGUAAACCGCCUUAUUUAUAAUAAAGCAUUUCAGUCGCA